UGCUCUCAAGGUGAAGAAGCUGUCUCCAAUAAAAGGCCAUCUCCCCUGCUCUCUUCCUGCUCCAAAAUACCUUUCUUUCUUCCACAUUUUCCGAAAGAGAAAAAAAAAAAUUUAUUGAGUACAGAGAAAGAAGGCAGAGAACAGAAAAGAGAAAAUGGGUUAUGAAUCAUCACUGCUCUCUUGCAUCUUCUUCCUUAUCUUCUCCUCUUUGCUGCUGCUUCUCAACUCCCACAGAGUUCCAUUGCCGGUUAAUCUGCAGAGCUUGACCGCGCUUUCCUUUGAAGAUGCCUAUACGCAGCUCUUCGGCGACAGCAAUCUCAUGCUUCUCCGCGAUGGAAAGACUGUUCACAUCUCGCUUGAUGAGAGAACUGGUUCUGGAUUCGCUUCUCAGGAUCUCUAUCUCCAUGGAUUCUUCAGCGCCUCAAUAAAGCUUCCCUCAGAUUAUGCCGCCGGAGUCGUCGUCGCUUUCUAUAUGUCCAAUGGAGAUGUGUUCGAGAAGAACCAUGACGAGUUAGAUUUUGAGUUCUUGGGGAACAUCAGAGGAAGAGAAUGGAGAGUUCAGACCAACGUUUAUGGCAAUGGCAGCACUGGAUUUGGAAGAGAGGAGAGAUAUCAGUUCUGGUUUGAUCCUACUGAAGAUUUCCACAACUAUUCCAUCUUGUGGAGCAAAAACCGGAUCUUAUUUUACAUCGAUAACAUCCCUAUUAGGGAGGUGGUGAGAACAGAAGCCAUGGCUGCUCACUUCCCUUCUAAGCCUAUGUCUCUCUAUGCCACAAUCUGGGAUGGCUCCAACUGGGCUACUUCCGGCGGCCGCUAUAAGGUCAAUUACAAAUACGCUCCCUAUAUCGCUGAGUUCGCCGACCUUAUCCUCCACGGCUGCGCCGUCGAUCCCAUCGACCAUCUCUCGACAUGUCGAGGCCACGAAACUAAGCUCUAUGACUCGAUCACCGCCACCUCCGACCAACUCUCUGCAAUGAAGAAGCUGAGGAGAAAGCACUUGACUUACUCCUAUUGCUAUGAUGGCGACCGCUACCCGACACCGCCGCCCGAGUGCUCCGUCGAUCCUCGUGAGGCCGAGCAAUUUGAGGGUGCGGGAAGCGGCCGGUCUGGUCACAGACGACGCCAUGGAAAGCGUCGUCACCGUGCGGCGGCGGCCGUGGCCGCAAAGGACUUAUAAUUUGUAGUAUGAAUAAAUUUGUUAACUUGUUGUAAUUCUUGCAUUUGAUAUUGGGGGAGGUGAUUAUUUUGUGAAUCAGGGGGUGUAUAGGAAGCUCUAAGAACUUUGAAAAGUUGAUGGAUUUAUGAUUAUUUGGAUCUUUUUAUAUUUAUAUGGAGAGAGAAUUAUUAUUCA